CCUCAAAGUAUACUGUCUCACAGUCACUUUCUAGAAAACUUAAUGUCUUAAAGCCAAUAUUCACACCAAAGUCAAAAAAUCAUUUUAAUAAAAAACCCUAGUCAAUUUUUAAUUUGCCUUAGCUUCUUCAAUCCCUAGCUCCUCAGAUCACUGCCUUUUCUUGCUACAUAAUCUUUGCAACUCAUCAACUCUUAAUUCACAUACACCUAUUUCUAAUUCCUAACUUAUAGUACAAGAAAUUAUUCUAGGUGGAUCAUCCAAGUCAAGGAAAGAGGCCUCUUAUGGCAUCCGGCGGCGGCGACGACGAUGAAACGAGAGAGAUUAGUGGCGAUGAAUAUCAUCACCACCAUGGUCACGGUGUUGUUGAUGGUGGUCUUGUUGAUUUCCCCGUCUACUCGGCUCGUUCACAACAUGACAUGUCUGCCAUGGUUCAAGCCCUUGCUCAAGUCAUAGGGAAUUCAUCAAACCAAGAUACAACCUCACCAGCUGAAAAUCAUGUUACUCCUACUCAUAUUCUUCAUGCAAAUCAACCACAAAAUCUUAAUUUUCAACCCCUUGAAACUGGUCAAGGUGAUGUAAGGAAAAGACACUAUAGAGGAGUAAGACAGAGGCCAUGGGGGAAAUGGGCAUCAGAGAUACGCGAUCCUAAGAAAGCAGCCCGAGUUUGGCUCGGAACCUUCGACACGGCCGAAGCUGCAGCUCUUGCUUAUGAUGAAGCUGCUCUUAAGUUCAAAGGCAACAAAGCCAAGUUAAAUUUUCCUGAAAGAGUUCAGGGUAAAUUAAGUGAAUCGGGAUUCUAUAUGCCUUCUUUCGCGCUUCAACAACCACCACCACCACCACCACAACAGCAAUUACAUGUUCAUCAAGUACCUAAUUAUAAUUACAAUUACAAUUAUAUGAUGGCUUCAUCUUUGCCAAAUCAUGCACAAAACGUUUCUUAUUCUCAAGGAGAGACCGCCGCAUCAUCGUAUGCACAACAUCCAAGCUUUAAUUAUAAUCCUCAACAAUAUGAAGCAACAACUGGUAGUUUUCAUUUAUCUGAAUCGUCAUCAUCGGCUUCUUAUGGUGAGGAAAAUCAUAGUUUUUCUUCUCCAUCUUUCUCAUCUAUUAAGAUGGAAGAUUUCAGUCCUGAAGAACUACAACAACAAAUGAUGUUUUCAAGUUCAUCACUACGUAGAAGAUCAGGAAGUGAUCAUCCCUAUGCACGUCAUUCAAGCAAGUAGUGCACUUUAUAUACUUUUGUAAUUUUGUUUGCUUAUAAGUUCCUUUCUUAGUAAUACGUUUGUAUCUCGUUUGUAGCAAGUAUUACAUGUAUGUUUUGGAGAUGAAUGAAUUUCACAGCCGUUGCGUUACUGGCAAUCAUGUAACUCUUUUACCGCCCUAGAAAUACAGGGUGUUUUCAAGAAUUUA